UGGCGUUGCUGUUGCAGCAGAUGUUGAGUGUUGUGGUUUCCUUUUCCGAUUUGUGGAGAUCUGUAUCUUAUUUCGCUCUUGAGACCUCAUACAUAGAACGCCCGUUUUCACAUAUUGUUUUUCGCAGUUAUUUUUUGAUUUUGAGGCGUUGAGAGACCCUUUUGGCUUGUCGCAGCAGUAUCUAAUCUUAGUAAUAUUUUCCCUAACUUUAUUGUUUGUUUUUGCUGACUCAUCCACCCACGGCUUUUGCCCUUGCUCUCAAGAGGAAGACGGGCACGGCGACCUUUCCUCAUCUCAUUUUUUUGCACAUUUACACCAUGCUCCCUUCAGUUUUGCACCAGGCCCCGCCGGCGCGGUUUCAGAAACUUGUUCAGGCGGUGGAGCAGUUGGCGCCGCCGAGUUUGGCGGAAGGUUGGGACAAUGUCGGACUGCUGCUGGACUGUCUAGACGAAACUAGAUGGAGCGAAUCUUCCUUCAAGCCAAGAAUAUUCCUCUGCAACGACUUGACCGAACGCGUUGCGGAGGAGGCAAUUACCAAAAAGGUCGACUGCGUUGUCACCUAUCACCCCACACCGUUCGCGAAGUUUAGAACCGUUACGCGAACGACGCACAUUGGUCGUGUUGUGCUAUCUAUGGUACAACAACUUGUAUAUUGAUUUACACGACAGAGCUCUUGUUCUUAGCUUCCUUUUUCUUCCACACCUUCAAUAGCGCGCUCGGAAUCAAUUCUUUUUCUUCCACAGCGUCACACUGAACGACGUCGAUGACCCAUCAGAAACGCAUGGUGGAUGUUCUUCUGUCACAACUACUGUCUUGCAACCACAAAAUAAACGCAGAUAACGAACCGUAUCCCGGUCUACGCAACGCACACCUGCCUGGACUGUGUCAACAACGGGUUGAAUGAUUGGCUCAUCAACGCGUUUCCCAAUGUCGGAGAGAUUCUUCCGUGCAACCCACUAGAUGCGAAGCGACCAAACCUCGGCUCCGGCCGCGUUGGAAGUUUGCCCAUGGCAAUCACAAUCGACGACGCCGUCGGCCACGUCAAGACACUCACAGGGCUCAAGCAUGUCCGCAGAGCCGACCCAGUCGAUGGUGCAUUUUUUUUAUAACAGUUUUUCACUGCUUCUGGUUCUGUCUGGCAACUUUUUGUAGAGGAAAUUUAUUUUGUUUUUUAGGUGGGUGAGCAACGGCAAACAAGUUCCCUCGCACGGUUGCCAUGUUGUCAUUCAUGUCUACUUCAAUACGGACCGAACGCAAAUCAGGCUCGCAGAAACCAAUCCGAAGAGUCGCUGUUUGUGCGGGGUCGGGCGGCAGUGUGUUUAAGGAUUACACUAUCCAAUGUAAAAGCGUACCUAUCUUCCCUACUUCAUCCUCGCGAUACAGAUUAUUUGCAUGCCCAUGACGUGGGUCAUGCGUGCCCCUGUGGCACCCAUUUUGUAAUCGCGUUUGGAAAUUUCUUAUGCUGUAAUCAGAAAAAGAGAGCGCAAGCGGGUUUGUGCUGCGGAUAGAUUAGUUGAUUGUGGGGUCGGUACGUUUUUACUCAGGAGAUAAAUGAGCAAAAAUCCGGGAAGCGUGCCCGAUCUUUUUCUCACCGGCGAGAUGUCACACCAUGAUGUGCUGGAGCUGAACCAAAAUGGCGCCUUCGUCAUCCUCACCGAGCAUUCCAACAGCGAGCGACCCUUUCUCCCCGUGUUUCGCGAACGUCUGUUGGGCCUCUACCCCGACGCAGAAGUCGUGAUCAGCGAAAUAGACGCGGAUCCCUUGUUUGUGGCGUAGAUUAAAAAUGUUGAGUUGCACAGUCAGUGCACUGAAGCCAACAGCAAACCGGGAUUGAUUUCUUGUACUCAACAUGAUUUUACCGACGCACGAACAAGCCUACAUUUAUACGCAUCAUAGUCAUACAUGGAUGAAUCUAACUUGGGAAUAGAGAACUUUUCGGAACGAACAAAAGUCCAUGUACUAAAGCAGCUCAAUCCACCACGCGAUACAUGUGUAUAACGCCAUAGCAGUGC